AUGCAACUGAAUGAAAGUACGAGGAACUUGUCCAGUUCAGUAAUUGAAAAUGAGGAUAGUUUCAUUGAAAGACAGCUUGAUAUGUUUAACCUGGUUAUAAUGGCAAUCGGUUUGUUUGUCAUUUUCAUCGUGAGUUUUGCCGGAAAUAUUUCUGUGUUUGUGAUAUUUUACAGGCGGCCCGUGCUUUUGACGAUUUCUAAUAGGUUUAUAAUAAACCUAACGUUUUGCAACAUCCUGCAGACAGUUGUCGUAAUACCUUUCGUUUUUGCCUCGCUUAUUUCGCAAAAGUGGUGGUUCGGGUCAUUUUGGUGCCAAGCUUCCGGAUUUGGAAUGAACCUGAUAUUUACUGCAAGUACAUUUACAUUGGUGCUCAUUGCCAUAGAUCGCUAUAUGGCAGUUGCAAAACCAUUACAUUACUCAAUGACAAUGACAAGCAGACGGGCGUCCUUCAUGAUAGCUUCUGUUUGGAUCUCGGCCAUUUUGUGUUCACUACCACCACUUUUCGGAUGGAACUGCUAUGAAUUCCAGCUAGACAAAAUUUCAUGUAUGACAGUUUCAUUCAGUAAACAUCAUAAAGAUAGAUCUUACAGCAUUAUAAUUGUAACAUUGAGUUUUAUCCUACCUUCAUGCAUAAUCAUGUGGGCAUAUUGUGCCAUUUUUAAAGCGGCGAAACUAAACAUCGAAAAGGUGAGGCGGAACAGUACAAUAGCGUCUGGACUGAAUGAUUACCCCGAGUUAUCACUAAGAGGGGGUCGUCGCAACAGCUCAGCGCAGAUUUUGAUUCACAAAUUAAGUUGCAGCAGCAAAACCGGAUCAGGUCUUUGGAAACGCGAUGAGAGAAAAGCCGCUGUAACUAGUUUUAUGGUUUUAUUCACGUUUGUUUUAUGUUGGUUGUUGUACUUUAUCAUCAUUAUUCUUGAAUGCAUCCUAAACGACCCAGAUCAUAUUGAACCAGUCGUGAAGACUCUCUCAGUGCUACUUGCCUUGUCAAGUUGCGCAAUAAAUCCACUAGUGUAUGUGUUCCGCUGUAAACUUCAGAGAGUUGAAUUUAAAAGCAUAUUUGGCAUUAAGCAGAACAGUUUUAAUACGGAAAUGGGCAAUGGAAAUCAAAAUGGGUAUAGGAGACCAAGUUUUAACCCAAACUACAUUCGAAAGACUCCGUGCAUAUCACGAGAAGGGAGUCAAGAAUCAGAAGUGAUUGAAAUUCUUCACCUAAGUUGA